AAAAUGGAACAUCAAUCAAUUAUUCAAACCGCGACACUUCCUCAGUUCGUCGUAGGACUCACAGAGAGAGGAGAGAGAAAGCGAGGGUUGAAGAGGGAGAAAGAGGUAUUGAAGCCUUGAAGGUUGAAGGUUGAAGGUUGAAGGUUGACGGUCUGUUGUUUGUUGUUCCUGCAGUUGAAGCUUUUUAUGGGAAUUCUGGUUUCGAAAUUCCCGAAUUUGACCAAUUGUGGAAUAUUUGAAGGAGAUUUAACCUCUUCAAGGUCCGCAGUUCACAUGACUCCAGUUGUUGAGUUGUAGUUUUAGUCACCUUUCAUUCCACCCCCUCGUCGUUCGUUUAUUUCGUGAAUCUGAUUGGAGGUAGUCGCUGAAGUAAGUCACAACUUUAACUAUUCCGUAGGUUCUGGAUCCUGUGUUUUUGAAGAUCACAUCAGUCUGAGUGUUGCUGCAAUUUUCUUAACUUAUUAACUAUACUGGCUGAAUGUUUGAGAGUAGAUUCAAACAAGAUUAGAUGACUGUAGACGAAAAGGGUGAUAGCAGUUUUUGGAGUAGAGAGCAGGAUAAGGCAUUUGAGAAUGCGAUUGCUACUCAUUGCGAGGAUUUGGAAGAUAAUUGGGAAAAGAUAGCAGCGGAUGUUCCAGGGAAGACCUUAGAAGAAGUCAAGCAUCACUAUGAGCUUCUAUUUGAGGAUGUGAAGCAGAUCGAGGCUGGCCGUGUUCCGUUGCCUUCGUAUAGUUCUUCUUCAGAGGGUUCUUCAGGUCUUGCUGCUGAAGAAGGUAAUGGGGGAAAAAAGGGUCUAUCUGCUAAUGGAGGUAGUGAAUCCAAUCACGCAAGCAAGGCAUCGAAAGCGGAUCAGGAGCGCCGGAAGGGGAUAGCUUGGACAGAGGAUGAACACAGGCUAUUUCUUCUUGGGUUGGAUAAAUAUGGGAAAGGAGAUUGGCGGAGUAUAUCCCGUAACUUUGUGGUGACAAGAACACCAACUCAAGUGGCAAGCCACGCGCAAAAGUAUUUCAUUAGACUGAACUCUAUGAAUAAAGAUAGGAGAAGAUCGAGCAUCCACGAUAUCACAAGUGUUAACUCUGGGGAAAUUUCAGCAUCCCAGGGCCCAAUUACCGGUCAGACAAACGGGCCCGGGCCCGUUUCUGGGACUCCGUCUGGAAAACCCGAAAAACAGGUUGCUCAGCCUCCUCCUGGUGGAUCAUCUUCAGGAGUGGGUGUUGGUGUGUAUGGUACUCCACCAAGUAUUGGACAACCGAUUGGUGGUGGACCAUUGGUUUCUGCUGUUGGAACUCCGGUGAAUCUUUCAGCUCCUCCUCAUUUGGGUUAUGGUAUGCGGGUACCCGUUCCUGGGUCCGUGGUUCCUGGUGCUCCAGUGGGGAUGGCUCCUUUGACGUAUCCGAUGCCACAAACCUCUGCUCACAGGUAAGAUAAUGAAUGAACCACAAAAGUCAUUAUUUAGAUGUACAAAAAGGAAAGAAAAGUUUGCAUACCCCCAUAUUCUGGGGGUAGCCUUGCCUGGGAAUUACCAGUUUUUACUGGGGUACCUUUGUCACUUAAUUAUCAUUCUUAUACAAAACCUAAAAUAAUUCAAAGGAAGGUGAAACUAUGUAGUCUUCUAUUUCUUGUAUAGGCAGCUGUGGUAGGGGUGUUGCUGCUUUAGGGGGAACGACAUCAGCGUGCGUUCCCUAGUAGUUUAUUAUUACUGAGAUUGUUUUGUUAUUAAAUUAGCAGCUAAUUAGCGCAAGCCAUAGUGUAGGAGCUUCUUUUGCCCAAAGUCCAGUUCUGUAGAAUGUUUUUAUCCUUUUGAGUUGUUUUCGUUGAAAGCCUCUUACUUUGUGGAUGUCAACUAGCUUAGUUGCUAGUUGGUAAAGACCUGAUAUUGCAAUUGUAUUUUUGUUGCAAGCA